ACCACAAAGCGGUUGGUGGCGGCAGGGACUACACCGGUGUAUCAUGGGAGCGGCCCAGGCUACACGUUAAAAACACUUAAGGGGAGCGCGCAAAAUAACCUGGCGCUCGAUGGGGGCCGUUAGCCGCCCCAGAGCGCGCGGAGCCGCAGAGGCGUCGCUGGACUACAACGCAGUGCAUCUCGGGAGGCCAACUCCACAGGACCGGCCCCUCAUGCUCAGCUGCGAGCUGCCCGUGGGCACCUGCCCGGACAUGUGCCCGGCCGCCGAGCGCGCCCAGCGCGAAAGGGAGCGCCGCCUGCACCGCUUGGAGGUGGUGCCGGGGUGCCGCCAGGACCCGCCCCGCGCCGAUCCGCAGCGCGCGGUGAAGGAGUACAGCCGACCCGCCGCCGGCAAGCCCCGGCCCCCACCCAGCCAGUUGCGUCCGCCCUCCGUGCUGCUGGCCACCGUGCGCUACCUGGCCGGUGAGGUGGCGGAAAGUGCCGAGGCUGCCCGCGCCGAGGUGGCCAGCUUCGUGGCAGACCGCUUGCGAGCUGUGCGCCUGGACCUGGCCCUGCAGGGCGCGGGCGACGCCGAGGCAGCGGUGGUGCUGGAGGCGGCGCUGGCCACGCUGCUGGCCGUGGUGGCGCGGCUCGGGCCCGACGCGGCGCGGGGACCUGCGGACCCGGUGCUGCUGCAGGCCCAGGUGCAAGAGGGCUUCGGCUCGCUGCGGCGCUGCUACGCGCGGGGCGCAGGACCACACCCACGCCAGCCCGCCUUCCAGGGCCUCUUUCUGCUCUAUAACCUGGGCUCGGUGGAAGCCCUGCGCGAGGUUCUACAGCUGCCAGCUGCCCUGCGCACCUGCCCGCCCCUCCGCAAGGCCUUAGCGGUAGAUGCUGCCUUCCGAGAGGGCAAUGCUGCCCGCCUGUUCCGCCUGCUCCAGACCCUGCCCUACCUGGCAAGUUGCGCUGUGCAGUGCCAUGUGGGCCAUGCCCGCCGGGAAGCCCUGGCCCGCCUCGCUCGUGCCUUUAGCACCCCCAGGGGCCAGACCUUGCCUCUGGGCUUCAUGGUCAACCUCCUGGCCCUGGAUGGACUCAGGGAAGCACGGGACCUGUGCCAGGCCCAUGGGCUGCCCUUGGACGGAGAGGAGAGAGUUGUGUUCCUGCGGGGUUGCUAUGUGGAGGAAGGGCUACCGCCUGCCGGUGCGUGCAAGGUGUUAGUGGAGAGCAAACUUCGAGGACGUACCCUGGAGGAGGUGGUCAUGGCAGAGGAGGAAGAUGAGGGUGCGGACAGACCUGGGUCUCCAGCCUGAGGGAGCGUGAGCCUCCCAGAGCCCCCGGACUGGGCCAGAGCACUUAGGUUUCUUUUUCUAUGGUUCCCAGAUAAUAAAAGGAACUUGUUUUGUUGGUA